ACUACUACUACUACUACUACUACUACUACUGCUGCUACUACUACUACUACUACUACUACUACUAUUACUACUACUACUACUACUACUACUGCUGCUGCUCCUACUACUACUACUACUACUACUUCUACUGCUACUACUACUACUACUACUGCUGCUGCUCCUACUACUACUACUACUACUACUUCUACUGCUACUACUACUACUACUACUGCUGCUGCUGCUACUACUACUACUACUACUACUACUACUAUUACUACUACUACUACUACUACUACUACUACUACUACUGCUGCUGCUCCUACUACUACUACUACUACUACUUCUACUGCUACUACUACUACUACUGCUGCUGCUCCUACUACUACUACUACUACUACUUCUACUGCUACUACUACUACUACUACUGCUGCUGCUGCUGCUACUACUACUACUACUACUGCUACUACUACUACUACUACUUCUACUGCUACUACUACUACUACUACUGCUGCUGCUGCUGCUACUACUACUACUACUACUGCUACUACUACUACUACUACUGCUGCUGCUACUACUACUACUACUACUACUACUACUACUACUACU